AUGGCAAACAACGGCGGACCCAACCACGGCACCGAAUAUCUACGCGCCGUAAAAGAUGUCACCGUGUCUUCAUUCCCGUCUGAGGAAGAUCGAGCUGAAGCACUGCAAGCAACGUACGAAGCCAUUGCUAUUUUGGAGUCACCAUGGGAGACCUAUACUAGACUCUAUCUAAAUAAUCCGACUGUAAUGGCUGGAUUGAAAGUCAUUAAGGAUUUAGGUUUGAUGGGCAAAUGGCAUGAAAAAGGCAACAUUCCUAUGACAAGCAUGGAACUUGCGGAACUUGUCGGGGGGUGUGAUUCCCAGCUUCUCCGUAAGUACUGUUUGCGUCAUCGACCACCUACAUAA